AUGGAUCCCUACUCCGCAGAAGGAGAGCUCGUCAACAUCCACAACGCCUUCCACCAAGGCCAAUACCAACAAGUCAUCGACUUCGACACGAGCUCCUUCUCCGCCACCAACGCGCUGCCCGCCCGCGUGCUCAAGCUGCGCGCGCAGCUCGCGCUGGGCCAGCACGCCGCCGUCGCCCAAGCCGCCGCCGCCGAGCCGGGCGUGCCCGACCUGCGCGCCGCCGGCGCGCUCGCCGCCUCGCUGCAGAACCCGGCCGACGAGACGGCCGUCGCCACGGCGCAGGAGCUCGCCGCCACCGCCGCCGACAACCUGAGCGUGCAGCUGCUCGCCGGAACCGUGCUGGCGAAUGCGGGCCUGACGGAGGAGGCGCUCGCGCUGCUGGCCAAGCAUCAGGGGUCGUUGGAUGCGGUCGCGUUGAUCAUCCAGAUACACUUGCAGCAGAACCGCGCGGACCUGGCGGCGAAGGAGGCGCAGCAGGCGCGGAAGUGGGCGCAGGAUAGCCUGCUCGUCAACAUCGCAGAGUCGUGGGUCGGUCUGAGAGAGGGCGGCGAAAAGUACCAGCAGGCAUUCUACGUCUUCGAGGAGCUCGCCCAAGCACCCGCCUCCCAGGCCGUGCAGUCACUCGUCGGCCAGGCCAUCUCCGAGCUGCACCUCGGCCGCUACCCGGAGGCGGAGGCUGCGCUGCAGCAAGCCCUCGCGCUGGACCCCCAGAGCGCCGACGUCCUUGCCAACACCAUCGUCCUGAACACCGUGCUCGGCAAGGAUACUACGGAGCUGAAGAGCAAACUGGAGCAGGUCGAUCCGAAGCAUCCCUUCUUGGUCGAGGCGACGGCGAAGAAGGACGCGUUCGAGGCCGCGCAGGCCAAGUACACGCCUAAGUUUGAGGCUUGA